AUGAAGAAAUUUGGCGACCGUGCCGGCCACGGCAGGCCCAAGGAGGUGGAGGAAGCUGCGAAGAAGAAGCGCGAGAAGCGCGAGAAGGACCGCCUGAAAUCGCUCGCGGCCGGCGGAACCUCCGCGGCCGGCGCCGGCGGCGACGUCGGGUUGGAUCUGCUCGGGAAGAAGUCGACCAAGCGGCAGAAGCGCGGCGGAGGCGCCGGCGCCGGCGGCGCGGGUGGCGGGCUGGGGGGCCCGGGUUUUCAGGAGGACACGGUGCUGUCAUUGGUCGACGACGGGAUGUACCGCCCGCGCACGCGCGAGACGCGCGCCGCGUACGAGCUUCUGCUGAGCCUCAUCCAGCAGCAGUUCGGGGACCAACCGCAGGACGUGCUGCGCGGCGCGGCGGACGAGGUUCUAACGGUUCUUAAAGACGACAAGCUGACGGAUCCGGAGCGGAAGCGCGAGAUCGAGAAGCUGCUGAACGCGAUGCCGAACGAGCGGUUCGCGGAGUUCGUUGCGCUAGGGAAGCGCAUCACGGACUACGAGCAGGGCGGAGGCGGAGGGGGCGGCGGAGGCGGAGGCGGAGCCGGCGGAGACGGGGAAGGCGGAGCGGGGGAGGCGCUAGACGACGAUAUCGGCGUGGCUGUGGAAUUCGAAGAGGAGGAAGAUGAGGACGACGAAGACUUAGACGAGAUUCAGGAGGAGGAUGAGGACGAGGAGGAGGAGGAGGGCGCGGAAGGCGGAGACGGCGGAGACGGCGCGGGGGACGGCGGAAUGCAGAUGGCGGGCGGGCUGGAUGACGACGAGGAGCGCGAGGAGGAGGGGCUGAGCGUGCAGGACAUCGACGCCUAUUGGCUGCAGCGCAAGAUUGCGCAGGCGUACGCCACGUCAGCAGGCGGGGGGAUCGACCCGCAGCAGAGCCAGAAGCUCGCGGCGGAAGCGCUGGCGAUUUUGGAGGCGGCGGGCGGCGGGGAAGGGGAUGGCGGAGGGGGAAGCGGAGGCGGAGGGGGAGGGGGGGCGUCGGGAUGGGGCGCGGGCGCGGGCGCGGACGAGCAGCAGCUUGAGGCGGAGAAUAAGCUCGUGCGGCUUCUGGAUUACGAUAAAUUCGAUUUAAUCAAGCUUUUACUGCGCAACCGGCUCAAGAUUGUAUGGUGUACGCGGCUGGCGCGCGCGGAGGACGACGCGGAGCGGAAGCGCAUCGAGGGGGAGAUGACGGAGAAGGGGGACCGCGCGCUGCGCGCGAUUCUGGAGCAGCUGCACGCGACGCGCGCGUCCGCCAAGGAGAGGCAGCGGAACCUGGAGCGCAGCAUCCGCGAGGAGGCGCGGAAGCUGCGCGAAGGGGGCGCGGGAGGCGCGGCGGGCGCGGGGGAGGGGAUGGAGGGCGACGAGAUGGAGAUUGGGCGGAAGGGGGAGAGGGGGGGAAAGGGCGCGGAGGAGGGGGAAGCGGGGGGAGGGGGAGGCGGAAGAGGUGGGGCGGGCGGAGGGGGAGGGUGGUUGAAGGGGCAGCGACAGAUUCUAGAUCUAGAUUCCCUCGGUUUCUCCCAGGGCGGAUGGCUUAUGGCCAACAAACGUUGCGAGCUGCCCGAAGGCUCAUACCGGGCACCCAAAAAAGGUUACGAGGAGGUCCACGUGCCCGCACUGAAGCCGAAACCUCUGGCCAAGGGCGAGGAGCUGGUGAAAAUUUCCGACCUGCCCGAGUGGGCUCAGCCUGCGUUCGGCGAGACGAAAACCCUAAACCGUAUUCAGAGCAGGGUUUAUGAAACGGCACUAUUUACCCCGGAAAAUAUGCUGCUCUGCGCGCCGACCGGGGCAGGAAAAACAAACGUCGCGAUGCUGACGAUUCUGCAUGAAAUUGGGCUGCACAGGAGGGAGGACGGGAGUAUUGACCUGUCGGGCUUUAAGAUUGUGUAUGUGGCGCCUAUGAAAGCGCUGGUGGCGGAACUGGUGGGGAAUUUGGGGAAUCGGCUGAAGGAGUAUGGCGUGAGCGUGAAGGAGCUGACUGGUGAUGCCUCGCUGACUCGCCAGCAGAUCGAAGAGACCCAGAUCAUCGUCACCACCCCAGAGAAGUGGGACAUCAUAACCCGAAAAGCCGGAGACCGCACGUACACACAGCUAGUGAAGCUGGUGAUCAUCGACGAGAUCCACCUGCUGCACGACCACCGCGGACCCGUCCUCGAGAGCAUCGUCGCGCGAACCGUGCGGCAAGUCGAGAGCACCCAGGAGAUGAUCCGGCUCGUCGGCCUCUCCGCCACUCUCCCGAACUACGAGGACGUGGCGAUUUUCCUGCGGGUCGAUCUGGACAAGGGGCUGUUUUACUUUGACAACUCGUUCCGCCCGUGCCCGCUCGCGCAGCAGUACAUUGGGAUUACCGUUCGGAAGCCGCUGCAGCGGUUUCAGCUGAUGAAUGAGAUUUGUUAUGAGAAAGUGGUGGAGUGCGCGGGCCGGCACCAGGUGCUGGUUUUUGUCCAUUCCCGGAAAGAGACGGGGAAGACGGCCCGCGCGGUGCGCGACGCGGCGCUGGCGGCGGAUACCCUGGGGCGGUUUCUGAAGGAGGAUGGGGCGAGCAGGGAGAUUCUGGCGAGUGAGGCGGAGAGUGUGAUGAGUGGCGAGUUGAGGGACCUGCUGCCGUAUGGGUUUGCCAUUCACCAUGCUGGGCUGGCAAGAGCUGAUAGGACGCUCGUGGAAGACUUGUUUGCUGAUGGGCACAUUCAGGUGCUUGUGUCAACUGCUACGCUUGCAUGGGGUGUCAACCUGCCGGCCCACACGGUCAUUAUCAAGGGCACUCAGGUGUACAACCCAGAGAAGGGAGCAUGGACGGAGCUCUCCCCCUUGGACGUCAUGCAGAUGCUGGGGCGAGCAGGGCGCCCGCAGUACGACACGUACGGGGAGGGUGUGAUUAUAACGGGGCAUGGCGAGCUGCAGUUCUACCUCUCGCUGCUGAACCAGCAGCUCCCCAUAGAGUCACAGCUGCUGUCCCGCCUGGCGGAUAGCUUGAAUGCUGAAGCGGUGCUGGGGACGGUGCACAACGCAAGAGAGGCGUGCAGGUGGCUGGGCUCGUACCUGUACAUCCGCAUGCUGCGCAACCCCACUCUGUACGGCAUCUCGGCAGAGGAGGCUGAGAGGGAUCCUGUGUUGGAAGAGAGGCGGGCGGACCUGAUCCACUCGGCAGCGGUGCAGCUGGACCGCAACAACCUCAUGAAGUACGACCGCAAGUCGGGCGUUUUCCAGGUGACCGAUCUGGGCCGCAUCGCUUCCUUUUACUAUAUAUCUCAUGGCACAAUAGCCACGUACAACGAGCACUUAAAGCCCACGAUGGGCGACAUCGACCUGUGCCGCCUCUUCUCCCUCUCCGAGGAGUUCAAGUACGUGGGCGUGCGCGAGGAGGAGAAGCUGGAGCUCGCCAAGCUGCUGGAGCGAGUGCCUAUUCCUGUGAAGGAGGGGAUAGAGGAGCCCAGCGCCAAGAUCAACGUGCUGCUGCAGGCAUACAUCAGUCAGCUUCAGCUGGACGGGCUUUCCCUCGUCUCUGACAUGGUCUACGUCACUCAGUCUGCCGGUCGGCUUAUGAGAGCAUUGUUUGAGAUCGUUCUCAGGAGGGGGUGGGCACGCCUAGCAGAGAGGGCACUGAACCUCUGCAAGAUGGUGUCUCGCCGCAUGUGGGCAGCGCAGUCGCCUCUGAGGCAGUUCAAGGGGGUGCCUCUUGAGAUCAUCGCAAAGCUCGAAAGGAAGGACCUCGUGUGGGAGCGAUACUACGACCUCUCGUCCCAGGUGGGAAGGGAUUGGGAUGCGGUGAACCUCGAUCUCACUAUAACGCCCGACUUCCAGUGGGAGGAGAAGCUGCACGACUUUGUCGAGCCCUUCUGGGUGUGGACGAGAGAAGAGGACCACACUGCCCCACUCUCACUGCUUCUUCCUUGUUUCCCCGCUCCCCCCCUCCCCCUUGCCUCCCGCCUAUCUUUGUCCUUGAAUCCCCUGCCCAUUGCCCAUUUCCCUCGCCUGGAGCUGGCGGCCCAGGUCCUCCCCAUAACCCGUUCAGUGCUGCGCGUGGAUCUCACCAUAACGCCCGACUUCCAGUGGGAGGAGAAGCUGCACGGCUUCGUCGAGCCCUUCUGGGUCAUCGUGGAGGAUCAUGACGGAGACACCAUUCUCCACCACGAGCUUUUCCUUCUCAAGAUGCAGUACGCGCAGGAAGAUCACUACCUCUCGUUCACCGUCCCGAUCUUUGAGCCGCUGCCGCCGCAGUAUUUCGUCAAGGUCGUUUCGGACCGUUGGAUCGGCGCGCAGACCGUGCUGCCCGUGAGCUUCCGCCACCUGAUUCUGCCCGAGAAAUUCCCGCCGCCCACCGAGCUGCUCGACCUGCAGCCGCUGCCGGUUACCGCGUUACGGAACGCGGCGUUCGAGGCGCUGUACGCGGGGGAAGCAGCGGCAGGCCUGGUUUCCACCGACCCGUCCGGCGGCGCAGGUUCGGGGGCGGUUCGGCGGGGCAUUUCGCAUUUUAACCCCAUUCAGACGCAGGUGUUUACGGUUUUAUACAACACCGACGACAACGUUCUUCUCGCUGCGCCCACGGGCAGCGGGAAAACAAUCUGUGCGGAAUUCGCAAUCCUUCGCAUGCUGCAGGCGAAGGCCUCCGGCGGGGGCUCGGGCAGCCCGGACGAAAUUUCGUACGGCGGGCGGUGUGUGUACGUGGCACCAGUGGAGGCGAUUGUGAAGGAGAGGGCGAAGGAGUGGGGGGAGAGGUUCGGGAAAGUGCUGGGCGGAGGGGGGAAGGUGAAGGUGGGGGAGCUUACGGGGGAGAGUGGGACGGAUCUGAAGCUUCUGGAGAAGUGCAAUAUCGUUGUCAGCACGCCGGAGCGAUGGGACCAGCUGAGCCGACGCUGGAAGCAGAGGCGCGCUGUGCAGCAGGUGGACCUGUUCAUUGUCGACGAGCUUCACCUCAUAGGAGGCCACAACGGCUCCAUCCUGGAGGUCAUCACCUCGCGCAUGCGCUACAUAAGCUCCCAAUCCGCCGCAGCAGCAGCGGCAGGGGGCGGGCUGGGGGCGUCCGGAGGGGCCAACAGCCAGCAGGCGGCAGGAGGGCACAGGAUAAGAAUAGUCGCGCUGGCGGCGUCGCUGGCGAAUGCGCGGGAUCUGGGCGAGUGGGUGGGGGCGAGCUCGCACGGGCUCUUCAACUUCUCCCCCGCCGUGCGGCCAGUUCCUUUGGAAAUCCACAUUCAAGGCUUCGAUGUCUCCAACUUCGAUGCGCGCAUGCAGGCCAUGACCAAGCCAGCCUACACGGCCAUAAUGAACCACACCGCUCGCUCCAGCAAGCCCGCGCUCGUCUUCGUCCCCACCCGCAAGCACGCGCGCCUCACCGCUCUCGACCUCUGCGCCUACGCUGCCGGGGACGCCGGCGCCACUCUCGCAGCCACAGGGACCUCUGAUGGGGCCUCGUCUGCGGCUAUAGCGGCAGCGUCGCCGUUUCUGCAUUGCGGGGAGGGGGACUUGGCGCCGUUUCUGGCGCGCGUGAAGGACGAGGGGCUGCGGCACGGGCUGACGUUUGGAGUGGCGUAUCUGCACGAGGGGUUGAGUGCGGUGGAGCAGGAGGUGGUGCGGCAGCUGUUCACUGCUGGGGCUAUCCAGGUCUGUGUGGCAGUCAGCUCCCUGUGCUGGUCAAUCUUUCCAGCCAACCUGGUGGUCAUCAUGGGAACACAGUACUAUGACGCCAGGGGAGGGGGAGGCGGGUCUGGGGGAGGUGCAUCUGCCGUCGCGGGUGGCAGCGGGGGCGGCAGGGUGGACUAUCCAGUGACUGAUUUGCUGCAGAUGAUGGGGCGAGCCUCCAGGCCCGGCCUUGACGACGCCGGUCGCUGUGUCAUCUUCUGCCACUCGGCCCGCAAGGAGUAUUACAAGAAAUUCCUCCUCGAGCCUCUCCCAGUCGAGUCCCACCUCGACCAGCAUCUGCACGACCCUCUCAACGCCGAAGUGGUCGUGCGAACCGUCGAGAACAAGCAGGAUGCCGUUGACUACCUCACCUGGUCCUUCCUCUACCGCCGCCUCACCCAGAACCCCAACUACUACAACCUCACCGGCACCUCCCAUCGCCACCUCAGCGACCACCUCUCCGAGCUAAUCGAAACGACGCUCUCCGACCUCGAAGCUUCCAAGUGCGUCGCGAUCGAAGACGACAUGGACCUAUCUCCUCUCAACCUCGGGAUGAUCGCGGCGUAUUAUUACAUCUCCUACACCACCAUUGAGGCGUUUUCGGGGUCGCUGGGGCCGAAGACAAGGCUGAAGGGGUUGAUAGAGGUGGUGGCGAGUGCCAGGGAGUACGGCGAGCUGCCCAUGCGGCCGGGCGAGGAGGAGCAGGUGCGCAAGAUGCUGCACCACCAGCGGUUUGGAGUCGAGAAGCCGAACCUGUCAGACCCGCACCUUAAGGCCAACGUGCUUCUGCAGGCCCAUUUCGCCCGCCACGUUGUGACGGGCCCUUUGGCCCAGGACCAGCGCGCGGUGCUGAUGGAAGCGUCCAGGCUGCUGCAGGCCAUGGUGGAUGUGCUCUCCAGCUCCGGCUGGCUCUCCCCUGCCCUUGCCGCCAUGGAGCUCUCCCAGAUGGUCACACAG